AUGCCCGUUGAUGUGGCGCCAGUGGUCCAAGCCUGGAUGGAAUGUCCUACCAUCAUCCAGCGCGCAGCUGUCCAAAAGCUCAUGAGUUUUGAGCUGGGCCCUACUCCGGAAGCAGCUGAAUCGCAUGCUUUGGUGUUGGCACCCGUUAUGAAACAUCUUGGCCUCAAGCCCUCGAUCGACGUGACCAGAGACUGCGUGAAUCGGCUCUUCACGGCGUGCAAACCAUUCGGCAAGAAGGAUGCAAGCAGUUCCACAGUCAAGAAGACUGCCUGGUACAUCCGGAAGUUGGUCACCGCAUGGAGACGUUUCGCUUCCCGGGGGCAUGUUCCACGAUCUCGAGGUCAUAGAAUGCUCUUUGAAGCUGCAGAAAUUCCAUGGCCGGAACGAUCUGAUUCCGGUUCCUUCACCAACACCGGUUGCGCCGAGACGGAUCUUGAGGACUUUGAAGAGUUUGGCGAAACUGGGGAGGAAGAACCCUUGGAAGAUGAUGAAGUGGUGGAGGCUCCACAAGCUUCCAAUCCUAGACGCGAAGUUCCCGAACCAUUGCAACAUGAGAUUGCUGGACGUGGACCGGGUACCCAACCACCGCAGUCGGAGUUGCAAACGCCUCCGCCAAAGAGUUGCAUGCUGGACCGGCAUACCUCUGGCGAGAAGCUACCCACGAGCCACCAGAACGAGGCUGAGAAGCUGGAGGUCUUGCGGGCGCUAGAGAAGGAACUUGCAGUCUUAAACGCCCUGGUGGAACAAAAGAAAACUUUGCUACAUGUUGAGAAGAAAACGAUUGAGAUCAACCAGAGUGGCAGCAUGGAUGUGGUUGACACUUUGCCAAUGCCAAUGGACUUGAUGGACCAGUUUGCUAUCAUGGCCACAGAGUCCGCUGAUGCUUUUGAGCGCAAGUCUCCUCCCACGGUUGAGGCUGUUCCAGAAAUCCUCCGAGCCAAGACCCUUGUUCUGGGGGAGCUUGAUCCAGAUGCCCAAACAAAACUACCGGAAACAAGUCCAGUCAGGGGUGGUAGUGAGGAACCUUCCAAAGAGCCAUCAAAUCCCAACCUGGCUGAUUGUGAGGAACCUUCCAAAGAGCCAUCAAAUCCCACCCUGGCUGAUCGUGAGGAACCUUCCAAAGAGCCAUCAAGUCCCAUUAGUGGCGAUGGUCAGGAACCUUCCAAAGAGCUACCAAGUCCAGCCAGGGGUGAUGGUGAGGAACCUUCCAAAGGCACACCAAGUCGCACCAGACAAAAUGGUGAGGAACCUUCCAAAAACCAAUCACGCUCCUCCAAGAGUGAUGGUGCGGAACCUUUCAAGGAGCCAUCAAGUCCAACCAAAGGUGAUGGUGAGGAACCUUCCAAAGAGCCGUCAAGUCCCAUUAGGGUUGAGGGUGAGGAGCCUUCCAAAGAGCCAUCACGAGCCACCGAUUUGUCGGAGCCUGUCUUGGAGCAGCAGCCGCCCAAGUGUGAUGCUCCUGCACGUGGCAUUUCGGAAGAGGUUGACGCGAAGGAGGUUAUGGCAAGGACAAAGCAUAUUAGCCCACCUACACAGACCAAACUAACACGGGGGAGGCAGAACGUUAAAGGGAAUGAAGGUGAAGGGGAUGAGGAAGAGCCAGGUUCAGGGGAAGAGGAGGAAGAGGAGGAAGAAGAAGAGCCAAAGGAAAGGAAGAGGACUGGUAGGAAGGAAGCAGCGGGAAAAGGGCAGGAUGAGGGAAAGGCUGGACAGGCGAGGAAACCUCGGGGAAAGGCAGCAGCAAAGCCAAAGGCAAAGGGAAAGGAGAGGAAUUCUCGGAAGGUCAAGGAUGGGCGAAAGGAUGAGAGGGCGGAAGAGGUAAAGGAGACGGAAGCAAUGGGAAAGCGCCAAAGGAAGAAGGAUAAGGAGCAGCUACAGGCAGAGGCAGAACAACCAGUGGAGAAGCCGAAGGAUAAGGCCAAAGGAAGGAAGGAUAAGGAGCAGCCACAGGAAGAGUUGGGCACGGGUGGCAAAAGUUUGGAGGGGGAGGAGGAGAAGGAUGAAAAAGGACAGGGCAACCAGAGAAAGGCAGAUGCAGGAGAGGAGGCGAACGGCAGGCCCGAGGCAAAGGCAAAGGCACAAGGUCGAAAAAAGAAGGUUUAUGAGACACGAGAAGAAGCAGAAAGGGCCGCUAAGCGUAGCCGCCAGAGUUCUGCGUACAGUGUGGAAUACAGGAAGGCUUUGCCAAUCCAUGGGGAGGAGGAAGCAAGAAAGAGGGCGCGCAAGGCAUACGCCUGGACGAAAUGA